CAGUGUGAGGAGCGGGUAGGGGGGGGUCAUUAGGUGAGAAGAGCAGCGUGUGAAAUAAAGAAGGGACAAUUCAACCAUCAUCACAUCCCAAAUUUCUUUUCGGUCCAGUUCUGCAAGCCCAACUCCGCUGGGAAGCAUGGAGAGGAAAAGGUGGGAGUGCUCGGCUCUCCCAAAUGGUUGGAAAAGGGAAGAAGUGACCAGAAAGUCGGGCUUGUCCGCGGGGAAAAGCGAUGUCUAUUAUUUUAGUCCCACAGGAAAGAAGUUUCGGAGUAAACCCCAACUGGCCCGCUAUCUUGGCAACUCCAUGGACCUGAGCUCGUUCGACUUCCGUACUGGCAAAAUGAUCAUGAGUAAACUGAACAAGAACAGACAACGCCUACGCUAUGAGCACAGCAGUCAGAACAGGGGUAAGCCUGAUCUAAACACUUCUCUACCGGUGCGACAGACAGCGUCCAUCUUCAAGCAGCCUGUUACAAAAGUCACAAACCACCCAAACAACAAAGUGAAGACAGACCCGCAAAAAGCUGUUGAUCAGCCAAGACAGCUCUUCUGGGAGAAGAAGCUAAGUGGACUAAAUGUGUAUGACAUAGCUGAGGAGUUGAUGAAGAGUAUGGAUCUUCCCAAAGGCCUUCAAGUGUCCUCCACUGCAGGGGUCGGCCCAGGCUACUCGGAUAAAACGCUCCUGUCUGCCAUCGCCAGUGCCCUGCACACCAGCAGCGCCCCCAUCACAGGCCAGCUAUCUGCUGCUGUGGAGAAAAACCCCGGAGUCUGGCUCAACAGCACGCAGCCCCUCUGCAAGGCCUUUAUGGUGACUGAUGAGGACAUCAGGAAACAGGAGGACCUGGUGUACAACGUGAGGAAGAGGCUGGAGGACGCUCUCAUGGCUGACAUGCUGGCUCAAGUAGAAGAGACCACUGGUGAUACGAAGCCGGUGAAGGAGGAGACCAACGGCAGCGGUGAAAUGGAGACAGUAUAGCCACAAUUGCAGUAUUCUUCUCCUGCGCUGACCUACAGGAUAUUUACCAGGACAUGAAAGCUCAUGCUGUCUCUUGAUGGAAAAGUAACUCUUUUGCUACUUUAUGCAGUGACCCUCCAAUUGAACUGUGAAACUUUGUGUUUUAUGCAGGCAGUUUCUAGGAACUUUUUCACCUUUGUAAUUUUUUAAAAACAUUUUGGUUUGUUUUAAAUCUGAGUAAGCUGAUGUCUUGCUGUACUCCAACUACAUAUGAGAUGUUCUUUGUUCUUACACACGCACAGAGUGUGCAUAAAGUGCUAUCCGCAACACAUCACAUCACAAGAGCUUUUUAAUAUACUAUGCUAGACAGGAAGUUUAUGCAACCCUAGGUUCUGAUCUAGUGUAUUGUCAAGCUAACAGUACGAUUAUGCUCAUCAAGGGAGUUAUAAACGGUUAUAACAGUUAGGAUGUAACAUAAAAUACAGGCAUACAAAUAUAAUCACUUCCUAUCAAUUAACUCUGAAAUAGGUUGACAUCACUAGAACUAAUCUUAUCAUUAUUGGUGCUUUUCUUUUCCGUUUUACAAAUCAGCAGAUUUGUCAUUCUUCUCAUCUGUGAUUUUUAAGGGCUAACAGUCAUACACUAUACAGUAAUAUACAAUAACUACAGUAAUAUAAGAAAUGGUUGCUUUAAAUUUUCUUAAACACUUAGUGUUAGGAACAUAUUCCCCUUAAAAUGCAGAGCUCUUAGUAACCCAAUGGCCAGACAGUGAUGUAUUAAAACUCUAAAAUAAAUCAGGAACAAAGGGCUCCAGGUGACACAUCAAGGCUGUUAAUAUGGCAGUUCUUGUACAUACUGCACUUACAGUUACUACCAGGAAGAUGUGUAAUUUCUAAGAUCAUUUUUGGUGUACAGUCCUCUCUGCUUUUCUGAUUAUGACCUAAAAAAUGGUUCUUAACACAAUUUAAAGGCAUUGCUUUCCAGUUGACAUCAUUUCUUCUCAAUUAUCAGGCUUUUUAUUUUCUAAAAUUGGGGCUAAAUGUCGAACAGGUUGUUGGUGGACAUUUGAAUAUUGCUGUGGAAAGAAAGUGUGUAAACUAAAAAAAAAACGUUUUUAUUUGGUGCUGCUCAUUCAAUAGGUCACUUGUUUUACUCAAAUACAGUGCUUUUUUGGGGGGCAUAGGUUAUGGUAAACCACAAAU